AUGCUGAAAUCGAAGGUCACGAACUUUUCGUCAGUUCUCUGAUCUGAGCUUCGUGUGGAUAGUUUUGUGAAUCUCUGUUUCUCUGUUCAAUAUUGUGUUUUUGGGGUUGACACAGGAAAAUGGUAUAAAGGAUUCUUCUUCAACCGGAAGCAAUCCACAGCCCUUAGUUUGGUUUGUGAGCACUGAACUGAAUUUUGUCAACUCGAUCUGCUCUGUGUUCGUGAAGCAACAAGGUUACUGCUGAAUUUUCGUCGUGUAUGCAACAAGAAAAAAAAUCAGUCAUGAGUAACACUGGAAAGAAGUCAAAAUGGAACUUAUCUGUGUUUAUAACGAAUUUGAGUACCGAGAAGUCGGUAGAAGUAAAUGGAGAGACCCACGUUGGAAAACUGAUGCUGGACCUUGUCGAAGGACUCGAUAUAGCGGCUGACUGGUCUGAUCAUGGAUUAUGGUGGCCUCAGAAACGACUGUGGCUUCUAAAACCUCGCUUAACUUUAGACACUAUCGGGGUUCAAGGUGAUGCCAUACUUCAGUUCACUCCAACUCAUAAAAAAGUUCGCGUUCAGUUGCCAGACUUACAAUUUGUUGAAGUUUCACUGGACUUUUCUAAGCCAGUUUUUCAUGCCGUUCAAGAGCUGUGUGCCGAAUUAGGAAUCAGACAUCCCGAAGAACUCUCUCUGCUGAAACCGUUCGAUGGGCUGAAAAAAGAAGGUCGGAGGAGUUUUCGCGGAAAAUUAAAGAAAAGGCAUUCACAGUCUUCCCUUAGUUCAGAUGACAACUUAUCUGCGAACAGUGACGACAAAACGAGAGGAAGUAAGGAUAGUUUAACACCCAAUUAUAAUUCGUUGCCCAGGCAUGGCUACGCUUCGCCGAACGGCAGUGUGUGCACUCCGUCACCUGGAUUAUCGCCCGGUUAUUCAGAUGGGCCCUAUGGAACGAUCGAAACAACUUCAUUAGCUAGCAGUCCGGUCUCUCCUUCACAAGAAGCUAUUGCAUCUCUAUUUAAGCCCAAAACUCUUCAAGAAAAAGCUGUUGUCAAUAAAGGAUGGCUGGACUCUUCAAAGUCUCUUAUGGCUCAGGAUGUUGCAGAAUUCUCCACUCUUCUUUUGAGAUAUAAGUACUAUGCAUUCUUUGAUCUAAAUCCAAAGGUGGAUGAGGUGCGAAUUAAUCAGCUGUAUGAACAAGCCAAGUGGUCAAUCUUAACAGAGGAGGUAGAGUGCACAGAGGAGGAGAUGAUGACAUUUGCUGCCAUACAGUUCCAGGUGAAAUUAACCUCAACAUCACCACAGAAUCAACAAAGUAGUGAUGAUGACAAUGAUGACAUAGAUGCUGCACUCAGUGAUUUACAGGCUUCUCUUGAAGGAUCAACGCUUACCACUCAAACACCACAAAAGAGCCUCACAUCAGUCCCAGAAAUAAAAGAUUAUCUUCACUUGGUGAAGCACAAAACUUUUGGUACUAAGAAAAAGAAGUACUGGUUUGUUUUUAAAGACACUGUCCUUUCAUUGUUCAAAAGUCAAGAGGAAGCUUUUGGUGCACCGGUUCAAAAAAUGAACCUGAGAGGUUGUGAGAUCACUCCAGAUGUUAACGUGAACAAAGAGAAGUUUAACAUCAAGAUAAAGCUUAAAGAAUCAGAUGACAUCGAAAUUUGCUGCUCAUGUGAGUCCCAGUAUUCCAAAUGGAUGGCAGCUUGUCGCUUGGCAUCCAAAGGAAAAACUAUGGCUGAUUCUGGGUAUGACGCAGAAGUUUCUGGUAUCCAGGCUUUCCUCAGUAUGCAGCAUGAUAAAGGCGAUGUGACACCCCUCAGUCCUGGACAGAUUCCCAUUCAACCUGAAGAUUUUGUUGGGUCAAGGAUGUUGAAAAAGUACAAAGCUAAACAGAUUGCGGCUCGUAUUCUUGAGGCACAUUCUUCCCUGAACAAAAGUUCAUUGAUUGAGUCUAAAAUGUUAUACAUCAGACAGUGGCAGGCAUUACCCGAGUUUGGUCUUUCUCAUUUCAUUGUUCGAUUUCGUGGGUCCAAGAAAGAGGAAGUCCUUGGUAUAGCUUUUAACAGAAUCAUGCGAGUGGACCCAGCAAGUCGUGAAGCUCUCAAGACGUGGCGAUACAGUGUGAUGAAAGCUUGGAAUGUAAACUGGGAAACCAGGGAAAUGGUUGUACAGUGUGAAGGAGAAACCAUUACGUUCGGAUGUACCAGCGCAGACAUUAAAGUAAUUCAUGAAUUUAUUGGAGGGUAUAUCUUCAUGUCAAUGAGAAAGGAUGUGAAUCAGCCGCCGAAUGAGGAGCUGUUCUUCAAGUUGACUGGAGGGUGGGUUUAGAACCAAAAGUCGCGUGCUAUUGGACCAACCAUGUCAACUGUGACCGGCUUUGGUGCAGUUUGACACUGGUUGAACUUUGAUUGAUUGGUUAAUUCCAAUGAAACACGGUCAUUCAACCGACUAACAAAAGUAACAAAGAAACGUUUCUCCGAUACGACAUUCAAAAAACACUGAUUUAAUUUCCCAAUUUAGCCAGAUAGAACACGAAAUGAAAGACUUAUUAAUGUUGGUCACUGGAGAAGCUAGGCAAAAAAUGUUACGUAAUGAACACUAGUUAGUGCCUGAACUCAACCGUCCUUCAGAGUUGAGGAUAUCUCAGCUUUUUUUUUGGUGAACAGUGUUGCGUGACUUGAAACAGACAGAGAUGAAGUCAAACAAGGUUUGGAUUGGAAAUUACUCUGUCAGAUAGCGAUUAAAGAAAUUGGCUUUCAAUUAACCAGCCCGAAUUCAAGAGAGCAAAUACUAGUAUUCAAACGGUGACCAUUUGUCUAUGCAAGUUAACAAAUACAGAAGUUUUCUUGUAUUUAAUAUCUGAUUUUCGAACCAGCAGAUUUUUACUACGAUCUUUGUUGAUCGUGAUGUCAUCAAAAGUAGAUGCACAAACCAUUUUUAACGCAUCAAAAUAUUUCAGUUUUUAACUUUGUUUUGUUUCGAAUGGAUGAAUUAUUAUUGGACAAAAUAUUGUGUGGUAUAAAUUUAGUAAGGGACCACUCAUUUGUCAUAUACAGGAGCAUGUUCCAUUAAAAAGCUUGAAUACAGUAAAAACCUUUGUAAGAACCUACAUUUUUUAAGUCUAGCAAAAUAGGUUCUUGUAUUUUGGUGUAGUUAUCGGCAAUUUAGGCUAAUUAGGUUCUUAUUAGGUUCUUAAUGAUAAAUUUGGAUUUGGUCCUUAAAUAUGCAGUGUUAUUCGCAACUGUAUUAUGAUAAGCCAAACACAACUGAUUACAGAAUGUAUGAUAGUGUUGUCUCUAUACCAAAGAGUUCAUAAGUCAACUGUAACCCACAUGGGGUUACUUUGCUAAACGGUUUCUUAUAUUUUUAGGUUUUAAAAUGGCAAUUUUCCGCCAGCAGAUUCUUAAACCACUAGGUACUUACACGCGUGUUUUUACUGUAGUUAAAGAGGGGCACUGAAAAAUUCAGUGAGGAGAAAGAGUACCACUGUAAAAACCUGUCCAAAAUUACAGUGUUUAGCUGCUUACAUUCAAAGGAUUCGUAGUAACGGAAUUCAAUUAGGAAGUGAUCAAAGACUAGAUUCUUCCAGAGAUAAAUAAUGUUGCGCUUAAUCACAGUCUAAAUAUUUCUCUGAUGCACCAGUUUCCGGAAGAAUCUUUCUCAAGUGAACACGUACGUAGCGGCGAUGUGUUUGCUUUCAGAAUGUUUGUGUAUAUCCAUUUCUUCUGAUAAAAAUGAGAUAAUGAGUUUCUUCAGAAACAUGACUGGGUUUAUACGAAAAGAAAACAUCGAAACCUAGAAUUGUAACCAGGAAUGGUUGUUAUGAAAAGAAUACAAAAAGUUUGAAAUUGUUAAAA